AUGACGCAGCUGAAUGGGGGUGGUACUUACGUGAGAUGGGGGCGGACCAGCUGUCCUGGAAAUGGGACCGAGACCGUCUACAGAGGUAGACCAAAGAUCUCUUUAAAUGGCUUCCUAUCAAUACUGAGUAUAGUCUUGUUACAUUCAUCAGGUUACGUCGCAGGGUCGUUUUACACACAUAAAGGAGCAGCUGCAAACUUUCUGUGUCUGCCGGAAACGCCAGAGUGGGGUUAUUACAAUGACAACGCUAUCAACGAUACUGCAUAUGUAUACGGCGCUGAAUAUCAGCUGGACGGCAGAGAAAGCGACAAUGGUUUCAUAGGUAACGUCUACCAACAAGACGCCCCUUGUGCAGUCUGCCGCACUAGCCGGAAGUCCGUGCUAAUGGUUCCCGCCAAGCUUACGUGCUUUAGCGGCUGGACCAUGGAGUACAGCGGCUAUCUCGUCGCGGGUUCCGCACUGCAUGAAGCGGCAACGGAAUACAUCUGCCUAGAUGGGAAGCCAGAAAUGGUUCCCGGAAAAGGCGAGAAUCACAACGGGAAGCUCAUGUACCUGACGGAAGCGCGUUGUGGUUCACUGCCAUGCCCUCCUUACGUCAACGGCCGGGAACUGACGUGCGUCGUGUGCUCACGUUAACGUUUUAAUGUACAAUUUCUUAUUAUUAAAUUAUAAUGUUUUGUUUCAAGUCGAAUACAGUGGGACCAUGCUUAUUUUUUGUUUAUUUUGAAUAAUCGAGUUUGUUCAUACGGACAUGUUUUAAUGAUUUGUAAAUCCCUUUCCUGCAAUACAACUACUCAAAUUCAAUAAACACUCAUACAAUAAUACCUUACAUCGCUUAAAUUGGCUGAUUGUAUAGCCGUAAAUGGG